CAUAGGGAAGCAUUAUAAAGCACAGAGAGGUCUGGUAAAGCAUAUGGAAGCAUUGUAAAGCACAGAUAGGUCUGGGAAAGCAUAGGGAAGCAUUGUAAAGCACAGAGAGGUCUGGGAAAGCAUGGAGAAGCAUUGUAAAGCACAGAGAGGUCUGGUAAAGCAUAGGGAAGCAUUGUAAAGCACAGAGAGGUCUGGGAAAGCAUAUUAAACACUCAAUACAAAUGCUGUAUCUCUGCUCUCUCACAUUCUGUCUCUCCCUCCCUCCCAGGUAUCUGCUUCCUCUCCGGGGGUCAGAGCGAGGAGGAUGCCUCUCUCAAUCUCAACGCCAUUAACCAGUGCCCCCCGCCCAAACCCUGGAAGCACCUUCUCCUACGGGAGAGCCCUGCAGGCCUCCACGCUCUCCGCCUGGGCAGGCAAGCCAGGAGACCUCCAGGCUGCGCAAGUGGCCUUCAGUGAAAGAGCCAAGAUUAACGGAUUGGCGUCGACUGGAUCUUACAUUCAGAGCGGACAGAAAGACAAGGCUGCCUCCCAGUCUCUCUUCACUGCCAGUUACGUCUACUAGACCAGUGCGCUCAUUAAACUGGGACCAGUAAA